UUUUUUAAAGCUCUCUGUCUGGGUCCUUGGAGCUUAACAUGGAGUUAUUCAGCUGCAAAAGUUAGCCGAGACUACAACUGUAAUGCUUUUAAAUUUAAUUUGCUAUUAAUUUGGAUUAAUUUGUUUUGCGUGAAAAAAGAGAAAAGCUGCCAUGACUGUUGUAAUUGGAUUUGAAGGCAGUGCCAAUAAAAUUGGCAUUGGCAUAAUCAAGGAUGGCGAAGUGCUUUCCAACCCAAGGCGGACCUAUAUUACACCUCCUGGUCAAGGGUUCAUGCCAAGUGAGACGGCAAGACACCAUCGUGCAGUCGUACUGACUGUCCUGAAGGAGGCGCUAGAGGAAGCAGGACUGACACCUGCAGAUGUCGACUGUGUGGCGUACACCAAAGGUCCGGGUAUGGGUGCUCCCUUGGUAACGGUAGCUAUUGUAGCCCGCACAGUCGCACAGCUCUGGGGGAAACCGCUGCUCGGAGUCAACCACUGCAUCGGACACAUAGAGAUGGGCAGGCUCAUCACCAAGGCAAACAACCCCACUGUGUUAUAUGUAAGCGGGGGCAACACACAGGUUAUCGCGUACUCAGAGCAGCGGUACAGAAUUUUUGGGGAGACCAUUGACAUUGCAGUUGGUAACUGUUUGGACAGGUUUGCCAGAGUAAUUAAGAUUUCCAACGACCCCAGUCCUGGUUAUAACAUUGAACAGAUGGCCAAAAAAGGGAGUCAGUAUGUAGAACUGCCGUAUACUGUAAAAGGAAUGGACGUGUCAUUUUCUGGGAUUUUAUCAUUUAUUGAGGAAGCUGCUAAUAAAAUGCUGAAGUCUGGUCAGUGUACACCAGAAGACCUGUGUUUCUCACUUCAGGAAACAGUGUUCUCCAUGCUGGUGGAGAUCACCGAGAGAGCCAUGGCUCACUGUGGCUCACAGGAGGUCCUUAUUGUUGGGGGCGUUGGCUGUAACCUCCGUCUGCAGCAGAUGAUGGGGGUGAUGUGUGAAGAGAGAGGAGCCAAGUUGUUUGCCACAGAUGAAAGAUUCUGCAUAGACAAUGGAGCAAUGAUUGCUCAAGCGGGCUGGGAGAUGUUCCGUUCUGGUCAGGUGACUGAGCUGGAAGACUCGUGGAUUACACAAAGGUACAGAACAGAUGAAGUGGAGGUGACGUGGAGAGACUGAACGAUAGAUGUGGUUCUAAACAUGCAAAUCUUAUUACACAUGGAGUGCAGUACAGUUGGCCAUAAAAAGGGACAGUUGAGCAUUAACUCCUAAAUGUUGCAUGUAAUAAUCUGUGCUCUGUUAUAUAAAGCAUUUUAGUUUAAAUAUAUUUGAGAUGAGACAAGUUUAACUAUUCCAUGUUUAUUUCCCGUACCCUCAGCAAAUACCACAAUCUAUAUAUCCAAAGCCUUGGGUGUUAAUCAUCUGUGCCACAAAGCUCCAUUUGUGCUCAAAAGCAAUAAAAACUUUUGCAUUUUUUCCCCUUAUCAUGGGUAUAAACUCUAUUUUAAUGUAAUAGCUGCUUUGUAAAUGUACAAGAAAGCUCCAUUGUAAUGUUGCCUUCAUUUGGGAUAUGUUUUUUGUGGAAUUUUUAAAUUCAAUUACUGAAUAAUAUAAUUUAACUUUUCCAAGCGAACUUCAUUUUUAGAAAAGGAAAUAUGUCAGACUUAAAGUAAAUAGAAGGCAGGACAUGAAUAGAAAAUGUAAGCUAUGGAAAUCUUCAGAUAAGAGAAUUAAGAUGGAUCUUCAAGUUUAUUCAUUUUUAUUAAGCAAUACUGUCUUUACAUUUCUUCUCCAGUGUAAUUUUAUAUUCAAUAAAUCCUUUUCAAAAUUCAAUAUACUGAACAUGGUGACAUCCCUUAUGGAUUUGUGAGUAAAUUCACCCAAUUAGGGACCAAAUAAAAACAAAGAACGGACCACAGCAUUAAGAUCAGACAUGGUAAAGGGUGAACUCUACUGUGCCUUAGACUACACCCUUCUGUAAACUGAGGACAUAGAUACAGAAGUCACCUGCAUACAUGAACAAUAAAACUCAAGCAGGUACAAGACAUUCUUCUGAUUUAGAAUCAAUCGAGGGAAAA